GUACCUCUGAAUAUUUGUAUUUACUUAUUGCAGAUUGCUAUGGGCGUGUUGCAGCUGGGCAGGCUGUCUGUGUUCCUCUCAGACAUGUUAGUGUCCGGCUUCACCACUGGAGCUGCUGUUCACGUUCUCACUUCUCAGAUUCCAUUCAUUCUUGGUAUUCACGUUCAUUCCUUCGAAGGACCUCUCAAAAUAAUAUAUGCCUACGUAGACAUCAUUGGCCAGGUAUUUUCCUGUGAUCAAGCUGUCAUGAUCAUUUCUCUGAUCACUAUGAUUGUGCUCAUCUUCAACAACGAAUAUGUUAAGCCAUGGUUUCGCACCUUUACCAAGAUUCCCAUCCCUAUUGAACUAAUUGUCAUCAUCAGUGGUACUCUAACCUCAUACCUGGACAACUUCCACGAUGUUUACAAUAUAAGAAUUGUGGGUGAGGUUCCUACAGGAUUACCUAAACCAGCUAUACCACCUGUGGAGUUGAUGUCAGCAGUGCUUGUGGAUUCUGUAGUGAUCAGUGUAGUGGCUUAUGUUGUCUCCUUCUCCAUGGCCAGGAUCUUUGCCAAGCGUCAUAACUAUAAUGUCGAUGCAAAUCAGGAACUUUAUGCUAUGGGCGCCAGUAACGUGUUUGCAUCGUUCUUCGGUUGUGCUCCCAUCGCUGUGUCACUGGCUCGCUCUCUCAUACAGGAAGCUGCUGGUGGUGUUACACAGAUAACUUCCUUCGUCUGUUGCUUCUUACUGCUGUUUGUCUUACUCUUUAUUGGGCCCGUCUUUGAAACUCUCCCAAACUGUGUACUGUCUUCCAUCAUCGUAGUGGCACUGAAGGAAAUGUUCAUGCAGGUGAGAGACCUGAAGAGGGUGUGGGGUGUGUCUCGUCCCGACGCAAUGAUAUGGCUGGCUUCCUUCCUCGGUGUUGUAAUUAUAGACAUAGACUAUGGCUUGUUGUUGGGUAUCGUCACAUCACUGGUGGUUCUGCUCUAUCGUUCACAAGAACCCAAAACUGCUCGUCUCGGACGUGUUCCAAACACCGAUGUUUACUUAAACGUCAAAGAGUACUCCCUGGCACUAGAGGUUCCAAAAAUAAGCAUCUUUCAAUUUACUGGACCACUACACUUUGCCAACGCUGACUAUUUCCGUCAACAACUAAUGUCUGUGACGGGCCUGAACCCAGCCGCCAUUGUUGCCACUAAGUUACUGGAACCAAAACUGCGACAGCCUGAAGCAGGCAUCACCAGCCAGCAAACAAAGGGAAGAAAUACUGCUUGUGAACAAGGGUGUCCAGCUUAUAAGGCAUCUCUGGCCGAGUGGUCUAGAGAGUCACUUGGGGAACCUUACCAGCCUCCCCAGACGUGGUUUUGA